GUCUAUCAAUUGCCGCUCGCUUUCAUUCAUCGAUCGAGCACUCCAAUCCACACAUCAUCCAUACGCAGAGAGCUCAGUUCGCUUCGAUCAAACUCGAAAUUUGAGGUCCGUAACGACUCUCCUUCUCUUCCUCCCCAGGCCACUAGAACAUAGCAGUGGCCAGCAAUCUUACUCGCGCCUCCUCUUUUCCCAUUGCACCGCCGAGCGCCGAGGAAGACGAAGGAUGCAGCUCCUUCAAAGUGGACUUGCAAUGACAAGACUUUGUUCUCUCUCCGAUGGAGGUACUCCCACCCCUCCUACCUUCUGUUUUCUUCUUCUUGAUGCGAAUUUUUGUUCGUUCUUGCCUGUUUCCUUUUCUUGUAUCAGGCACUUCCCCCUUUAAACCUCGACGGUUUUCCUCCGCUCCCACCCGUCUCGCAACUCAGUUCUCGACCACUCGACGCCUCGGACACUCACCUGCCUCGAGAAGGAGGCUCGGCUCCGAUUUGAUCCUGACAAGAGCUGCUUCAGUUGAAGCCGGGGCAUCAGUUGAAUCAGUGGAUGUGGCAAAGCAGCAAGUUUUAACGGCCUUGUCCCAAAUUAUGGACCCUGAUUUCGGCACGGACAUCGUGUCGUGUGGUUUUGUGAAAGAUUUACUCAUUAAUGAAGCCUUAGAAGAGGUUUCGUUUCGGUUGGAGCUGACUACUCCUGCGUGUCCUAUCAAAGACAUGUUUGAACAAAGGGCAAAUGAAGUUGUUGGAGCACUUCCUUGGGUUAAAAAGGUGACAGUGACAAUGUCAGCACAACCAGCUAAACCAGUUUUUGCCGGAGAGCUGCCCAAGGGAUUACAAAGAAUAUCAAAUAUUAUAGCUGUCUCAAGUUGCAAGGGAGGUGUUGGAAAGAGUACAGUUGCUGUAAACCUUGCUUACACAUUGGCCGGAAUGGGAGCCAGAGUUGGCAUCUUUGAUGCUGAUGUAUAUGGGCCAAGUUUGCCAACUAUGGUUUCACCUGAGAACCGGUUAUUAGAAAUGAACCCUGAAACAAGAACCAUACUUCCAACUGAGUUCCUGGGUGUUAAGUUGAUUUCUUUUGGUUUUGCUGGACAAGGACGUGCAAUAAUGCGUGGUCCAAUGGUUUCAGGAGUCAUCGACCAGCUACUCACUACUGCUGAGUGGGGAGAAUUAGACUAUCUUGUAAUCGAUAUGCCCCCUGGAACUGGUGAUAUUCAGCUCACCUUAUGCCAGGUUGCUCCAUUGACAGCUGCUGUAAUUGUUACCACACCUCAGAAAUUGGCAUUCAUUGAUGUUGCUAAAGGAGUUCGAAUGUUUUCAAAACUCAAGGUUCCAUGCGUAGCGGUGGUUGAAAACAUGUGCUACUUUGAUGCUGAUGACAAGCGAUAUUACCCCUUUGGUCGGGGCUCUGGUUCUCAGGUUGUUCAGCAGUUUGGGAUUCCACAUCUGUUUGAUCUUCCAAUUAGGCCCACUCUAUCGGCAUCUGGAGACAGUGGUACGCCUGAAGUUGUAGCUGACCCUCAAGGUGAAGUAGCCAGGACAUUUCAAGAUCUUGGUGUAUGUGUUGUGCAACAGUGUGCUAAAAUUCGUCAACAAGUGUCAACAGCAGUGUCAUAUGAUAGAUCUAUCAGAGCUAUCAGAGUGAAAGUUCCUGAUUCAGAUGAUGAAUUUUUGCUUCAUCCUGCUACAGUUAGAAGAAAUGAUCGCUCUGCCCAAAGUGUUGAUGAAUGGACUGGGGAGCAAAAAUUACAAUACGGUGACGUUCCAGAAGACAUUGAACCUGAAGAUAUUCGACCUAUGGGAAACUAUGCUGUUUCAAUCACUUGGCCAGAUGGUUUUAGCCAGAUUGCUCCUUACGACCAGUUAGAAACCAUGGAGCGCCUCAUCGAUGUUCCACAACCAACCGUCGCCAAGGUUUGAGAUAUUGUAGACUUUGAUCCAUACAAGUUAAGGUAUGUGCGGUCGAAAUGAACACCAACCUGAAGAAACCUGGACCUGGCGCUGUAAAUUACUUGAGGAACUACUGUAACACGUUACCAUUUCCUCAUUCAUUAGCAAUAUAAUAAACUGCAAUUUUGAAGUUUUUAAA